GCUGUAUCUCUCCAUAUUGUCUCCAAUGGGAAUAAAUCCUGUUCAUACUUCUCCUAUUCUUUGCAAUUUAUCAAGCGAUAGUCAUGUAAAUCUGAUGCGAUUCUUGUGUCUCAGCUGAUUGUGGGCUUCUGAGAAACAAUACAGAAAAUGAGGAGGGUGUUGCUAACUUCAGCAGCAGUAAGAGUUAAAAGAUCAUUAAAGUUGGACACUCUUAAAAAAGAUACUCUACCUGGUGAAACACCCUUGAAGACCAAAAGUAAUCUAAACGCUUACUCGCCGACAACAGGAACACGCCAGAUGAGUCCGUUUUCAUCUCCCAUGACUCAUAAUGCACAGAAUCCCAGAAAUGACCCAUCAAAUGGAGACAAAAUUGAAGAGGACGAUUCAGAAAGCAGAUUAUCCAGAAGAGGGCAGCCUCAAACAGAGGAGGAUGCGUACCUGAAAUUGCAGUCCAAAGUGACAAGCUCAUUGGUUAGAAUUGCGAAUAUAAGAGCAAAACUGACAAGCCUACAGGCUUUAGAGGGCAGUAGAGAGCUUGUAAAUAUUGAUGUCUCCGACUUGCCUUGCAUCUUGAGUGAUGAAAUGCAGAGAACCCAAGAGCUAAUGAGUCAAGCAGAAGAACUGCAGCUGUUGAAAAAAAACCAUGGAAAACUUCCUGCCCAAGAGUAUGUUCAGACCUCCAGCAGCUCCACGUUCCUGGCAUCGCUACUUGACUGAGGCAUUAUGUGAAAAAUGCAUUCCACAUCAACCCCAAGUUCUACAUCUGCUUGACUGUACUUAAAAGGAGAGAAGAAAUGAGUGUAAACCUAUCUCCCCAGCAAAUACCACUUUGGGAUUGCUCGUUGUGCUAGGCAGGUGCACAUCUAGAUAAAAUUUCUGGCAUCUAUUUAAACUUAACAAUGUGCACAACCAGAUAAUCUCAAUGUAAAUAAUACAUCAUGCUGGGUUUAUGCAAGCCUGUGGACAAAACACUGAUUUAGGGUUGCUGCUGCAGGGAGAAGAACUGUAUUUUCUCUAUGUUCUUACUGCAAAUAGAUAAUUAGGCUGCCUUGGUUUUUGUUAAAACCAAAACCAAC